CGUCUUCCGCCUUUCUUGACUCUGACAUCCCAAGCUCGCCAACCAACAACCAACGCGCCAAUAAUCAUUCUUACUGGAUAAACGCUAAGAUAAGAAGACUGUUGAACGGACCGAGCUUCCUUUGAGCGCCUCUCUCUAGAACUCGCAGGCGAAGUAGCCUGGCUGCAUCUAUCGUUGAUUCGCCUGCUUACUACUACAUCACGCCAAGAUGUCCGGUUUUGGUUUCGAUCCCUAUGGCAUGGCACGCCAUGGCCGGCGGCCCAUAAUCCAACGCUUCGACGAAUACUACAGAUGUUAUCCCGUCAUCAUGGCACCGGGCAGCGAGCGGCCGGAGUUGAAUUACGGAUCCAAGAUCAUUCUUCCUCCAUCGGCUCUUGACAAAGUUUCUAAGCUCCAUGUGCAAUGGCCCCUACUGAUGGAGAUGAUCAACGGCGAGAAGGGCAAGCACUCACAUGCCGGAGUUUUGGAAUUCAUUGCCGAAGAAGGUCGUGCAUAUAUUCCCCAGUGGAUGAUGGUAACACUAGGCUUGGACGUUGGCGAUAUGAUACAAAUUCGAACCACUUCGUUGGAGCUUGCAAGGAUGGUCAAGCUACAACCCCAAUCGGUUAACUUUCUCGAGAUUAGCGAUCCGAAGGCCGUAUUGGAAAAAGCUUUUAGGAACUUUGCAACUUUAACAAAAGGCGAUAUUUUCAACUUUGAAUACAACGAUGACGUCUACGAUGUUGCGGUUUUGGACGUUAAACCAGAGACGGACAAGAUGGGCGUCAGUAUGAUUGAAACCGACGUAUCGGUCGAAUUUGCGGCGCCUGUUGGCUAUGUUGAGCCUGAGAGGAAGAGCGGUACAAGCACACCACGGAGCACUAUGGGAGGAGUGCCUGCCGGUGGUAUCUUGCAUAGUCAGGGGACCAUGGCCCAGGCCAUAAAUUACAGCUCCAUUGCUCCUUCAGUGACCAGCGUGCCGACCAAUUUCCUUGGAGAAGGCCAGCGAGUUGCCAAGAAAGGCAGUAAGACUGCAACACCGAAGCCCGCCACGCCGGUGCCAGUAGAGACAACUGCGGUUCCAAAGAAACGAACCGGCGCCCCUGCACCCCUUCGCCUACCUCCCAACAAGCUUUUCUUCGGAUAUGAGCUAAAACCGUUGAAGACAGAUGCGGAGAAGGAGCAAGAGAAGGUGGCGAAACCUCACUUUGCGGGCCAAGGACAGAGUUUGCGUGGAACUGUUAAGAGAAAGGGAGACGCUGAUGAUAAGUCCAGAGCCCCAGAUAAGAAGGGACCAAGUGAUGGCAACAGACUAGAUGGUCGAUCACCACGAUAAGGGAGAGGUUUCUUGAUGUUGGUAUUUUAAUCCAUGCAGUUGCGGCGUUGGGGCUGGGAACUUUGUAGCUCACGGUUGGUUUGAUGGAAAUGCUUGCAGAAUAGAAAUUCUAGUACGUCUAUCCAUUUUUAAUAAAAUGACACUGU